CGGGGGUGGGGGCGGGAGAGAAAAAGAGCGCAGGGCGAAAGCGGCGAGCUCAAAACUGCGCGCGUUUUGGCAUGUGUGCUGGAGCAAAUAGGCGUGAGCUCCAGGCACGACUGGCCGCAUUUCCACCGCAUUCGCCAGCAACGCCGAAUGGAUAAGGGACGCUGAAGUGCAUACGCACCGACCCGUUCAACAGGCGGAGAAUGGUCGGGCUGUGCUGCUCCUUUGCGUGGGCUCUAUCGUCAGGAUUGCCGCCGCUGCUACCGCAUGCCCUCAAAUCCGAGUUCUGCAGAAGCAAAUGUGAGAUAUGAGCUCUAAGCAUUAUCUGGACUGGAUCCCUUACAGUGUUCUGGAUGACGAGGGCAGCAGCUUUCGCCAGCAGAGGCUGGACAGACAGCGUGCCUUGCUGGAGCAGAAGCAGAAGAAGAAGCGACAAGAGCCCCUGAUGGUGCAAGCCAAUGCGGACGGCCGCUCACGCGUCCGCAGGACCAAGCAGAGCGAGGAGCAGGCACCACUGGUGGAGUCAUACCUCAGCAGCAACAGCAGCACCAUUUACCACGUACAAGAGGCUGAACACGAGGAGGGGAACUCGACAGGAGACUCGCAGGCCCCCCUCUCCUCCAAAAAGUCCCGGGCCGCUGCUUCCACGCCACAGUCCAGCAGCGGGAAGAAGGAAAGAAGGGGGAAACACAGAGGAAGCGAAGGCCCAGGCGAUGAUGCGGUGGACCUGGCCAGCCAAAUCCAGAUCCUGACGGUCAGCCAGCCGUCUGGGGAUGGCAGCGGGGGCGGAGCUUUGGCCGGCGGGCAGCACCAUGCCAAGCAGGACCUGAGGGUGACCAUGCUGAAGAAAGGUAUUUCAAGUAGUAUGAAUUUUGACGAAGAAGAGGAUGAUGAGGACGAAGACAGUUCCUCUUCCUCCCAGCUCAACAGCAACACCAGACCUGGUUCAGCGACUAGCAGGAAAUCCAACAAGCAGGACGUGGCCUCAGCAUCCAGCCCGCUGACCGGCCAGCCUCCCGUCGAUGUGGGUGACCUGCAGGAGUUCUCCCUGAGGCCAGCCCCUCAGGCCGUCACCGUCAAGUGCAGGAUCACGCGCGAUAAGAAGGGAAUGGACCGGGGCAUGUACCCCACCUACUACCUCCACCUGGAGCGGGAAGACGGCAAGAAGGUGUUCCUGUUAGCUGGAAGGAAACGAAAGAAGAGCAAGACGUCUAAUUACCUCAUCUCUGUCGACCCCACGGAUCUGUCUCGAGAUGGAGAGAGCUUCAUUGGGAAGCUGAGGUCGAACCUGAUGGGCACCAAGUUCAUGGUUUAUGACAGCGGCAAGAAUCCAGGGAAGACAGCCUCAGGCGUAGAGGCCGGCAGUCUGAGGCAGGAGCUGGCAGCGAUCUGCUACGAAACAAAUGUUUUGGGUUUCAAAGGACCUCGCAAAAUGAGUGUCAUCAUUCCUGGAAUGAACAUGGACCAUGAGAGAGUGUCAGUGCGGCCUUGCAACGACCAUGAGUCCCUUCUGGCAAGAUGGCAGAACAAGAACACAGAGAGUGUGAUAGAGCUGCAUAACAAGACCCCAGUGUGGAAUGACGACACACAGUCCUACGUGCUCAACUUCCACGGUCGAGUGACUCAGGCCUCCGUGAAGAAUUUCCAGAUCAUCCACAACAACGACCCCGACUACAUCGUGAUGCAGUUCGGCCGAGUGGCGGAGGACAUCUUCACCAUGGACUACAGCUACCCAAUGUGUGCCCUGCAGGCCUUCGCUAUCGCGCUCUCCAGCUUCGACAGCAAGCUGGCCUGUGAGUAGGGUGUGAGUAGGGCACGCUCUCCUAGCGCAGGAGCCCUGGACUCCCGACCCUCCCUACUGCCUCGGAAAGAACUCUUAUUUCCCAAGAACACGAUGGCGAGGCAGAAGAAACACUAGCCCUGGCUGGCUUCUCUGCAUGAGACAGACCUGUGGAACAUCUCCAUGUUCUGAUCAGCCAUGUGAACAUGUUCCACGAGUCCUAUAGGGCCAGAUAGCUAACUUUUCUCACUCGUCGGAUUAAAUGUGAAUGAACACAAGUGUAUGUAGCAGAGUAAUGUGUUAACAUUGUAGUUCCCAUAACCUGAAUUUACUUCUACGGACCGCAUAUGUACUAACUCUCAUCCCUGGCAGUAACUUAAUGCACCCUUACAUGAAGCAUGAGGCUCUUUAAGAGUUUGAGAGUUACACUAAAACAACUAAAAAUACUAAAAACAUACUGCAACCAGGUGGGUCACACCUACACUUCUGACUCAAUGAAAGGCCAAAUUUUGCAUCAGUGUACCGCAUUGCACUUGUAGUUGGUAUAUAUAUGAUGUAUACAGAUUAAAAAAGAAAGAACCCAGGACUUGAAGUGUUGAAAUGCCAACCACUGAGUCAUUACAGCACGGUGUCCUCAAACUCACCCUCACACUCACACUCACGCGUGGUUGUGGUGUGACCUGCCAAAAGCCUACUGGCUGCAGAACUUUCUACAUGUUCCGUGUAAAUGUUGUGCCUUUGGAGUCGGGAUCCAGCGUUUUGUCUCACGUUUGCAUUACACAAUGAGGUAUUCGUCGGCCGUCUAUUGAGUUAGACGACAUGUGUGGUUUACAGCACAAGGGUAUUAUUUGCAUCACUGCCAGUGAGGUGGGUGCUUUUUGUUUCCCAGCAGCCCUGGUGGCAGUCACUGCAUUUUACUUCACACGUUGAACUUGUCCUAAAACUGGAAGCAUAAAAUUAUAUCAACAUUUCAAUAUUUGCCCACUAACAUUUGAAUCACACAGCUGUUUUCCCAUUUCUCUAAAAUGAAACGAAACCACAGUGUUUCCCAGAUAAGGCAGCUCCGUGUGAAUAUUAAACCUGAAGUCAGCCCAGCCAUUAGGGUAUAUAUCAGGAUUUGUCACAUCAGCAGAAGCCGCCAAUCUAUUGCGUUUGCUUUUUCUGAAUGCGUGUCAGUUCUUAUCUCUUGAUUGAUAAUCUGUCCUGGUGGCAUUUUCACAUAAACCUCCACUAACUGCAUUUAACUGCAUUCUAAAAUCUAUCACUGAGAGCCAGCAUCCAGUGUCAGCAUGGAGGUCAACAGAAGUGCAACGCCUCCUUUUCAGCUUAGUCACGAGGCCCAAAAGUCAGCAAAGACCAAUGAAUUUUUCACAGUAUUUUUUUUGAUUAAAUUGCAUAUUAUUUCCAUGCCAUAUUCUCUUACCAUCUAAACAUGCUAACAUGACUCAACCCUCAGAAUGCUAAUUCAAAGAUGAAUUGAUUACCCUGUUAAUGUAAUGUACUGUAUACACUUUUAACCAGUCAAAAAUGCAAAAUCCAGAAGAUAUGAAGGCUGUAUUUU